AUUUGCAACGCGAUGAAAAAAUACCCCGCCGUGGGGUUCUUUAAGAUUUUCGGAAUUGGGUUCCGCCAGGCAAGAAACAGCAACCUAACAAUCGCAGCACACGACAAAACAGGCCAGCGACUGCAUUGGACCCUGGCGUCUGCUGCUUCCGAUUGAAGGUCCUGAACGAACACUGUCAUCAUGGCUGACUCCACUGCUCCAGCACCUCCUACGGACGAGGUUGCCAACCUCCACCUCGACGAGGUCACCGGCGAGCGCGUGUCCAAGACUGAACUCAAGAAGCGGCAGAAGCAGCGCCAGAAGGAGGCAGAGAAGGCAGCCAAGGCGGCCGCCGCCCCGCCCAAGGCUUCGAACAAGCCCAAGAAUGCCGCCGGCGAGGAGGAGAAGGACCUCAACCCGAACCAGUACUACGAAAUCCGCACUCGGCAUAUCAAUGAGCUGCUAAAGAAUCCCGAGACCAAUCCGUACCCGCACAAGUUCCACGUCACAUACGAUGAUUCCAAGUUCUUCGAGGAGUUUGGCCAUCUGAAGUCGGGCGAGACAGACGAGGGCAAGGAGCUCCGGAUCGCCGGCCGCAUCUACAACAAGCGCGCCAGCGGCUCGAAGCUCAUCUUUUACGAUAUUCGCACCUCGGCCGACACCGUGAGCAUCGGCACCCAGCUGCAGGUCGUCUGCCAGGCCCAAUUGGUCAAGGAAGGUGGAGUCCCGUUCGAGAAGCAGCACGAGAACAUCCGCCGCGGCGAUGUCAUCGGCAUUGUGGGCUACGCGGGGCGGACGAACCCCAAAAAUCGGCUCGCCGAGGGCAAGGAGGGAGAGCUCUCCAUCUUUGCGACCGAGAUUGUCCUGCUGAGCCCUUGCUUGCACAUGCUUCCUAGCGUGCGCUUCCCUUUCUCGGAUAGCGAACAGAGGGCGCGUAUGAGGUACCUUGACAUGCUCUGGAACGAUAGGAGCCGCCAGGUUCUUUGGCAACGGAGCCGGAUGGUUCGAUUUAUUCGUGACUUCUUCCAUGAGCGACGAUUCAUCGAGGUUGAGACCCCAAUGAUGCACGCGAUUGCGGGAGGUGCCACCGCUCUUCCAUUUAUCACUCAUCAUAACGACCUGGACGUGGACAUGUACAUGAGAGUCGCACCCGAGCUCUUCCUCAAGAAGAUGAUUGUGGGCCAGUUUGGCAAGGUGUUUGAGCUUGGCAAGAACUUCCGCAACGAGGGCAUCGACCUGACACAUAACCCCGAGUUUACGUCGUGUGAGUUCUACUGGGCUUAUGCUGAUGUCUACGACGUGAUGGCCUUGACCGAGGAAUUGGUCUCUUCCCUGGUGAAGGAGCUCACUGGCUCGUACAAGACCACUUUCACGACUCAGCACGGCGAGACAUACGAGGUCAACUGGGAAGCCCCCUGGCGGAGAGUCGAGAUGAUUCCGGAGCUCGAGAAGGCCACGGGGGAGAAGUUCCCGCCUUACGAGGAGCUUCAUACUGAGGAGACGAACCAAUUUUUGCAAAGACUUUGCAAGAAGAUGAACGUCGAAUGCCCACCUCCGCUCACCAAUGCCCGCAUGAUCGAUAAGCUCACGGGCGAGUUCAUCGAGUCUACCUGCAUCAACCCGACCUUCAUCCUUGAGCACCCGCAAAUGAUGAGUCCUCUCGCCAAGUAUCAUCGGUCUAAGAAGGGUCUGUGCGAGAGAUUCGAGGCGUUCGUUUGCAAGAAGGAGAUUGCAAACGCGUACACCGAGUUGAAUAACCCCUUUGACCAGAGACUGAGGUUCGAGGAGCAGGCUCGUCAGAAGGACCAGGGUGAUGAUGAGGCUCAAAUUAUCGACGAGAGCUUCUUGAAUGCGCUCGAGUACGGCUUGCCGCCGACCGGAGGCUGGGGUCUUGGGAUUGACCGUCUUGCCAUGUUCAUUACCAACAACUACUCGAUCAGGGAAGUGUUGCCAUUCCCGUUCUUGCGGGAGGAGAAGCAAGGUACCAAGGAGAAGUUUGCGGCUGAACUGGUCGAUGCUCAGCCCCUCCCCGAGGAGGGCAUUCCGCACAAAUAGAGGAGACUACCCUUGAGGAUAACGCAUGUUAGAAAGGCAUCCAUGGGUCAUAUUCUGGUUAACGUUAGCAGUUCAUGAUAUUUACUCUCGUCCUGGCUAGCAGGCUCAAGAGUGACUUUUCAAUGUGACAUCCAUGGAUAACGUCACUCGUCAUGACGAUGCAAAAACCGGGUAGGAGUUAUAUGACGACGCUUGACCUGACUGUGUUGCUUCUGGACUGCGACUUGCAUCUAUGCCACGGUAAAACUUGGUACAUGAACAGGAAGAAGUCUGGAACGUUGGGAGGUGCUGGUAGCUAAGGUAUCCUUCUUGGACAAGCGCCCUUGCCAAGCAACUCGAUACACGUAUGUUACACAACUACGCGUUCCCGAGAGAUGUCUGCCCAAGUUUACAUGAAGACCGAGAGCUAUAGCCGGCAUUGGGAUUAAACUUGCUAAGUUGUG